GAGCUGCGAUACUCUCCGUCAGAUGAAUAUGACGGCCAUUCGCAUGAGGAUGCUUACAUGCGUCGUCAGCAGCGUUUUAGCAUUGGCUCUUGGCAUGGAUCGUCAGGGCGCAGCAAUCCGGUGUAUCUCUCUGGCCAGCAUCCUUCACAGCAUCAGGGCAUGGGCCUCCCGUCAUCCUCGUCUCACGUAGCGAUGAACCGUCUACCGCCAGACAGCACGCUUCUCACGCCGCUGCCUGGUUACGAGCCACCCGCUAUGAUUCCUGGUGCUAUGCACGGGCAACCAGAGCUAGAUGUGUACGGCGGUGGUGGCUAUGACAGUGUCUACGAGGAGGACGGACGUCCGGGAUCUGGUCACAGUAAUGUCAGUGGAUAUACCGACGGAAGGAUGCGACGGAAUGUGUACGGCGAGGAUAUGAGGCCCAAUUCAAGUCACUCGAGGAAUACCCAUAAGGACUCGAUAGACGGACGACGAUAUACUUCUACUACCAGCUCUAGCUGGUCUCUGGCUUAAAACUCCCCUGACCUCGGUCAACAGUACCUUACCUAUUGGGCACUACGCUCUUCGUGAAAUAGCUCUCUCUGGCGGAUCUCUCACAUUCCCAUUGCUUGUUUCCUUGUCCAUCAUCGCAUAUAUCGCUCUCUGUGUCUCCCCACCAUUGUCCAUCCGUGCAUAUAUCAACUCCUUCAUCCCAGGAUUCUCCCUCGUUU